GUGCAACAGUUCCACACAGGAUUUUAAACUGUGACCGAACUCGAGCUCAGAAGGAGAGCGCGUGAACACCAACCGGGAGGAGAUCGGAGAAAGUUGAGGCUGGCCAGCGAAGGGUAUUUACUAGUGGGUUCUAAAAAAAAAAGUGGGGGGGGCAAAGACAAACUAUUGUUUAAUAGAGUAGCCUGUAUUUUAACUACCCAAAAUAAAUAAAGCACAUUUAGGAAAGAAAGAAAAAAUAUGAAUUCCAUUGUAGAAGUUGUAGCUUUUCUACUUGGUUUUUUGGGCUGGGUUAUGGUCGGCGUCGCUUUACCGAAUCGUUACUGGAAGGUAUCCACAGUGGAUGGCAAUGUUAUUACUACUUCAACCAUCUACGAGAAUUUGUGGAUGUCCUGCGCUACCGAUUCAACGGGUGUCCAUAAUUGCCGUGAUUUUCCAUCACUGCUUGCACUGUCUGGGUAUAUUCAGGCGUCUCGCGCUCUGAUGAUUGCUGCUAUAGUGGUAGGGAGUUUCGGGAUCGUCGCGACUCUUGUGGGGAUGCAGUGCUCUAAAGCUGGAGGAGAAAAUUACGUUUUGAAAGGCAGAAUUGCAGGAAUGGGAGGCGUAUGCUUCCUUCUCCAAGGUCUGUGCACUAUGAUUUCUGUAUCUUGGUACGCAUUCAACAUCACCCAGGAGUUCUUUGAUCCAUUCUAUCCAGGGACGAAGUAUGAGAUUGGGGAAGGCCUGUAUAUCGGCUGGUGCUCAGCCACUCUGGCCAUCUGUGGGGGAUGCUGUCUGGUGUGUGCCUGCAAAAUGGAAACGACAGAGAAAGUGCCUUACCCGUACCAGCCCUCCAGGGGCACAGUGUAUUCAGGAGUUGCCCCAUCACAAGUUCCCCCCAGCCAAUAUGGCAGGAACGCUUACGUCUAACGGAAGAGGUAGUACUUUGAACUUAAAGGGUCAAACCAAACUCCUCAUCAGCAGAACAAAAGCAGACUGAUCUGCAAACACCAAAGAGCUGCCAUGUCACUGGAUAGCUCAGAAUCCUUUAUGAGAAUACUUCCGUCCCACAUGAAAUUGUCACACUUUCAUGCAACCUCAUAGUUAUCAUAAGCGAUUGAAACAAGUAACAAGCCUUUAACACGUCCAGUGUAGUAUCCUUCCAAUGUCUAGCUCCAAAAUAUAGUGUAUCAACGGCUUAAGUAGGCUAGUUGUUGUUUUUUUUUUUUAAUUCACAUAACAUUUAGAUGAAAACAAAAUCCCUCAUAAAAAAAGAAAUCUUGUAAAUAUAAAAGAGGACCUCAAUGCUCUUUUAGCCAGAAUUCCUAGUUUUAGAACAAGACAAUGAUGCUUGAAGGUCUUGGUUUUUAUAUGGGUUGUAAUGCAUCAGCAACAGUGCGGUUAGAUGUGUAUGGAGAUUAACAGUACAGUACAGGUGGCUGCAGCCCUUGAAUGAAAGUUUAUUAAUUGGAGGCUUCUUGGAAUAUUCCUUUGAAAUAGGGAAGCCUUCUGCACUAUCCAGGUAACUAACAUUCUCAAAAUACUGCCGAAACAGCAGCUUCCCACAGCGACAACAUUGUGACAUCACAAUGUCUUAGCCAAGAAGGAUUCUCCAUAAUGGUUAACAAUACAGCUCUUGUUCAAGGAGAGAUUCAGGGAUGUUUAAAAAAUGUCUGUUAGAUUUUUGUUUUAAAUUUGAUGUUCAAACUUACGUUUAUACAUUAUGCUACCCUCAAUAUGUUAUGAAGUAAGGAACCGUAUUUUGAUUUUGAAAUAGCCUGAAUAAUUAAUUUGACUUCUACAUGAAAUUUUUAUUGCACAUAAUUUUCUGUCAUACUGAACAAAAUCUUGUUUUUAAUAUAUGUAUGUCAGUGUAAUUUUUUGUUCAAUGUACACAGUUUUUAAGUAUCUAGGCAAUGAAUAGAUUAAGGUCAAAACACUCACUAAAACUGUAAAGAUUUUUAAAUAUUUGAAAUAGAUAUUUGUAUUUUUCUUUUUAUACAUGUUUAUAUGGAUCUGAAAUAAAUAUAUUUGACUGA